CUCAAAAUCACUGUGUGGCUGUCAUCACCAAGACAUUCUGUUAAGUGCUUGCUAAAAAAGCGUUUCCCUGGCAAGUACCAAGGGGAUUCUUAUCUGCUGAUCAUUAUUUCUUGCGUUGCUGUGCUUGAGCACAACUAUAGUUUUUGAACAUGUCUAACAAAAACCUGGAUGAUGGCUGCCCAUCCACCUCAACUGCCAUCAAAAAGAAUGCGGCAAAGGAUAAGAAGAGGUGCUCAUUGAGAAAGGGAAAGCUGCGCAAAAGGCAUUCCACCAGAACAAUUAAAACAGGAAAGCCGAUCAUUCCGCCAAAACCUCAACUGCUAAGUUCUGGAAAGCCAAUCGUUUCCGCAGAAUCUCAAGCGUCUCAUUCUAAGCCCGGAAAGCCAGCCAUUCCUCCAAAACCGUGUUUGUCAAAAUCUAAAGCGGCAAGGCCAAUCAUUGCGCCGAAACCACGCAUAGCAGCUUGGGAGUCUGGAAGGCCGAUCAUUCAGCUAAAACGUCAAGUUUCAUCAAAUGCGCCUGAAGCGAAUAUACGACCGAUGCCACCAGUAACACAAAUGUGUCCAAUUGCGGUUCUUACACCGAUGGGAUUUCUGAUACCCCGCAACUUUCCGUCUGCUGUACUAAUGAACCAAGCGGUCACCUUUGCUGAAGACGAACAAAUUCAUCCAGAUGAUCCUGUACAAGUCGGAUCAAGCGGGCCCGUCGCACAAACACAUGACUUCCACAAACGCACGAAUGAUAGCAAUAUUUCCGAUGAGCUCCAAAGGCAGCUUACGGAUUUGUUUACAUCAAUGUGCCAAAUACAAGAUUCAGCGGAGGUUGCCGAUCACAUCGAAACGGAAGACUUCGGUUUUCCUAGCGUUUUCAAGCACACGAAGGACUCCACAGUGAUGCAAAAUUCACGAUUAGCACUCGCGUUGAAAAACAUUCUCUUGGAAGUGCAGGUCAUUCAAAGUGAGGCACCUGAAAUGAUGGAAAUGCUGGAGAAGAAAAAUGGCGAACAUAAGGAAGACGAAAGAGGUGUACGUGCGAUCUCUGCUAGGUUCGGUACUGCGAGUAAAGCAGGCGAAUCAAACAACCUUACUGUUCCUAGCACAGACCAGAAUCGCCAGAGCCUUGGAAAUUUAAUGCGAGUUCAUCCGGUGUUAAGACAGCUCAGAAAACUGCGCAGGUGGAGACAGCAAAAUCGAAGGAAGCAAAGAAGAAAAGUGGAGGGAAAUCAAGCGAAGAGUCGCGAACGAAUCGGAAGGACAUGGGGACAAGCGUGGCAGAAAAAAUCAUCAGCUUUAGCCAACUUAUCCAAGAGAAAACCCAUGAUGCAGUGGAAGCAAACACAAGAUCGAACAGCAGCAAAGCAACUUGCGGCCAUGCUAUCCAUAAAAAGGAAUCAAACAAAAGCAAUGAUUUUGUGCAUAGAUCGCUCAACAAUUUAA